AUUAAAUAAUAUUACCCAUGUGCAUUAAAAGUACAUGUGAGCACAAAUGACCCAGGCUCAGUGAAGGACUCAUUAUCACGCGCCAAAAUGAAGAUGGGGAUGAUUAGCAGAGCAUGAGAAAUACGUUUCAUGUCGAGCUUAUGUCUCAAUCCUUACAGUCACUAAAAAUGCACGCACACACACAGACUUAUGCACAUCCACACAUACCAGCAUGCACACACAAACUCACACAUACAUGUACAAAUCAUCAUAUUAGGCCACUCUGCCCCGUUAAUCAUUUAAAUGGUUAUUCACUCAGUUCAAUAAUUUGAACUUUUACCUUCUGAUGUGGGUUUAAUUUUGAGUGGCAACUUUAUCAGAGUGUUUCAGAGAGGCUAAAAUUACAUUAGCUGGCUUUGAUGUUGAAUGAUGUUGGCUGGAGUUAAAUUGCCAUCAGCUGCUGGCUGCCAACAUGGCACUGAACUGCGGAAGUUCGAUCUGAGGAAUCACAUUAACCAUGACCUUGCUAAUUCAACUCUUAAUAGAAGAAACAGAAGGAGAACCAAUUGGGCCACAUACAGUCACUAUGAAGGAAAUAUUGCUUUAUAAUGUCUAGACCAAUACAGUAUGCAAGGAAGAGUCUGGUCUAAUGUAGCCUAAUAGAAAAUAAAUACCAAGGUGUCAUUAUGAGACUAAAAUUUUAGUUAUAUGACUGAUUUUAAUGGGACACAGCUAACCAUAGUGAAAAGGUAGCUGUGGAAACAUUCUCAGCUGAGGGAGAAGACAAUGAAGAAAGAGCUAAGAGAGAGGAGAUGGGAAGGAAGAAAGUUGUAUUCAUCUUCAAACAGGCGUAAAUUCACAGUGCGAAUAAUUCAGAAUUAGGCCCUGGAAAAGCAGACUUUGCCAGCCUGUCACAAUUAAACAUAUAACAUCUAUUUUCAAACAAAUAAAACUUACAAAAAACAUUAGCCUUUUUUUAAAAAACAUUUAACAAACAUAAUACUGCCAGGUGGUUUCUAAGGAAGAUGAAAAAGUAGAACAGGAGUGAGGUAACUUAACAUUGAGUAACCUAGGUCUUGUUCAACAUUAAGACCCAACACUCACCACAUAAAGGUUUUCACAGCUUCCUCAUCGCAACACCACGUAACAGUAUUUAGGCUACAUAAGGCUCGAAUUCAAGAGGCUUUUGCUUUAAAAAAAAAAAAAAAGAAGAUAACGGAGGCUUCGGGAUAUGAAAAUAUUGCUACAUUUAUGAGUAGCCCAUGAUGUGAUUCAGUCCAAUGUCCCAAGACAGUUAGGCGAUGACGUCAUUACGUCCCUACGUGUUAUGCGGGUCUAGGGCGUUUCAGGAAGAAGAGGUGAGUGCUGUAUCGCAUCGCAAAGAAACAGUGCAGCUGUGUGGUUCGCGUCCGAAGUAUUCCACUGUCCAACUGUCCAGUCCUGUAGCCCCAUCCACCUCCCUUCCAAUGAGUGUGUUACUGGUGGAAGCCUUCUAUGGAGGCUCACACAAGCAGCUUAUGGAUGUGCUUCAGGAGAACAUGGACGACUGCGUGGUCUACUCCCUUCCAGCCAAGAAAUGGCACUGGCGAGCGAGAACCUCAGCGCUGUACUUCAUGCAGAACAUUCCCCAAAGUCCCUCCUACAGGGUUCUGCUGGCUAGCUCAGUCCUCAACCUAGCCGAACUGGUGGCUCUUCGCCCUGACCUUGGUCGCCUGAGGAAAGUGCUCUACUUUCACGAGAACCAGCUUGUUUAUCCCAUCAGGAAGAGCCAAGAGAGAGACUUCCAGUACGGCUACAACCAGGUCCUGUCAUGCUUGGUCGCAGAUACAGUGUUGUUCAACUCCACCUUCAACAUGGAGUCUUUCUUGACCUCCAUACCGUCCUUCUUCAAGACAGUUCCAGACCACCGGCCCAAAGACCUGGACCUCCUCAUCCGGCCCAAGUGCCAAGUGCUCCACUUCCCCAUCCGAUUCCCCGAUGUCACAAGGUUCCUCCCAGAGCACAAGCUUCAACACAGAACCAUAGGGUCACACACAAAUUGUGCAACAGCACUUCCGCAGGACACGAGUUCUCAUGGCAAUUUGAAUGAGGCUGCCUCAAGCUCAUCAGAUCCAGCCUCCAAGUCUGAAGGGGAACCCUGUGAGCAGCAGGGCGCUCCGAUGACCCCGGAGCCCGAGAGCGUCACGGCAGAUCAGAGGAGGCCCGACCAGCAGCAGCCCCCCAUCAGCCCGCCUCAGGGCAGCCACACAGGACCACAGCCGCGGCCCCUCCACAUCGUCUGGCCACACCGCUGGGAGCACGAUAAAGACCCGGAGCUGUUCUUCAGGACUCUGCUGAAGCUCAAAGAGAGAGGACUGGCCUUUCAAGUCUCUGUCCUGGGGGAGACCUUCACCGACGUGCCCGAUAUCUUCGCCGAGGCCAAGACAGAUUUGGAAGACCGUAUCCAUCACUGGGGCUACAUGCCCAGUAAAGAGGACUACCUCAAAGUCCUCUGCAGCGCCGAUGUCGUCAUCUCCACAGCCAAGCAUGAGUUUUUUGGUGUCGCCAUGCUAGAGGCUGUCCAUUGCGGAUGCUAUCCACUCUGUCCCAAGGCUCUAGUUUAUCCGGAAAUUUUUCCUGCGGAGUAUCUCUACUCCACACCUGAACAGCUAUGCAAGAGGCUGCAGGGGUUCUGCAAGAGACCCGAUGUGGUCCGCCGGCACGCUGUAAAGGUGGACACGAGUGUGUUUUCCUGGGAGGCCCUCGGCCACAGGUUCAGGAGCAUGUUGUCUGCAGAAGGCCAUGGCGUUGCGGCUCCGCCCCGCACAGAAGGGAGCCCCGUUGCGGUUCGGCCCCGCACAGAAGGGAGCCCUGCUGGGAGCUCGUAGCCACUGGAGCCCGUGGGGGUGUACUGAGAGAGGGUAGGGAGUCCACCCGAUGCCCCCCACGUCCUGCUCUCUGAGGGGCGCAGGCGUCCUUCCCUGCUACCACCACCACCCCCCACCCCCCCUCCACCCACCACCCGUCCUCCCUCUGCCGCCACCACCGGGUCCAAACGACAGCCAUCCGCCAGACGACUUGCCCCCCCCCCCCCCCCUCUGCCUUCACAUGAAGGAGACGUGUGGUUUGAGCGUGUGGUUUGACAGAAAAAAGAGGGAGAGACAGAGAAAGGGAGAGAAAAAGCUGGAAAAAAGAAAACCUGUAACCGCUUUCAUGUUUCCCAUAGGCGGUGCCACCUCAUAUUUCCGCUCAGAUCCGUUUUUAUCCUUUGUGCCGGAGCACUUCAGACUGGAAUUCUCUGUUUUUUUUCCUCCUCCCUCUCUCCCUCUCUCUCUCUCUCUGUCUCUCCCUCCCUCUCUCUUUGUCGUUCCCACUCCGACAGAGUGGCAGCCAAGUUGUGGCUUUAUAAGCUGUGGGUUAGCUCUCCACCUGGGUUGCCAGGUUGUGGCAUAGUCCCCGGGGGACGGCUUCAGUAAGGUUGACAGGAGGACAGGAAUGUCUCCUGACCAACAUUCAGUCUAAAUACAGACCACUUGUUUACUCUGUGCAUGGGAUCGGGACUUUUUCUACACUUAACUCAUAAAGGCACAAGUUUCACAAGUGUGCACAUUUCUUUAUUUAUUUUCUAUGUUCAUAUUUGGUCUUCAAAUUCUUAGCGUUGAAAGCUUUGUUACUUUUACAAAUAAAUUCAACUUGAUUCGAAUCUUCGUAUGGCUCUAUAUGGUCUUGUGAGGUCCUAAAAUCAGCUUUGGCGUCGAAGAGGGCCUCCCUCUGUUGCGUAUGUUACCCUUCCAUCCGUUCCGUGCACAUAGAUAUUUCAUUUCAAUUUGCAUUUACAUCCUGACUCAUUGCAGGAUUGCAAGCAUCAUGCACCCCUAAUUUCCUGAAUGACUGGAUUCUUUCGUUUAGGCAAAAAAGACGUCAUCUCACAUCUUCUGAAAGUACAUCUCCUAGAUGUUGACUGUAUAAUAACAACAUUUUGUGACCGAAAGUUGAAAUCAAGACGGGGUGAACAAAAGCUGAAACCAUGAGCCAGAUGCGAGGAUAGGCGAGAUGCACACACUCUUGAACAGAGUCCACAUAACCUUGUUUGAGAUCUGAUCCUCUACAGUGGUUUUGUGCGUCUAAUGCCCAGGUCAGCUGAAGUAUAUAGAGCAGAUAGCCUUCAUAGAUCAUAAGAAUGUCCAUCUACACAGUGCAUCAUGAUACUGAAGUAAAAUGCCUCAUUUCUCAGUUUUUUUUCUUCCUGAGUUCGACUUGAGUAGACUUUAUGUGGGUAUCAUAAGAGUGGACUAGAAAAAAUUAAUAAUUAAGUAGAGAUAUCAGAAUUUUACAUUUUAGUCUGCAACUAUAAAUGCACAAUAAAUUCAGUUGACUGGUGCCAUCUUCCAUUAAAACUAUGUAAGAAAUUCUAAGAAUGUGUGCACCUCUGCACCUCUGUCAAAGAACCUACCCUUGGAAGCACCUCUAGGAAGCUAUUUUGGCCAAACAAGGUCAGGCUCCUAUCUAAAUGUAAUGGGGAGAGAUCCGUAACUCCACAUAGGAUGGUCAAACAGACAUUUAAAGAACAUAAUGUGAAUCCGUGUUUUUUUGUUAUUUCCCCAACCGCUCAAAUAACACUAAAAAAAGACUUGAUUCUUCACGUUGACUAGCACACUGUGUAUGCACCACAUUUCAUGGCACAGCUACGGGAAUGGUGGCAAUAAAUAGAACGUUCAGGUUAGGCAAAACAUCAGUUAUGCUGUUUCCAAGAUUGUGAUCGGCUCUUUAUAAUACAGGGUAGGACUUCCAGUUACAAAUCCACCAUAUUUACCGUUACAGAUUCUCUCCGAUUCCCCCGUUCAUUUUCCAGUCAGUCAUUUGUCUCCUCCCUCAUAACGUCUCUGCUAAUAUAUUCCAGUUUGUACCUGCCCCCCAAUCUGUGAUUUAGGAAGUGUUUGUGCCGAUGGUCUAAAGAGGUAAACUGCUGUUCAGACAGUGUAGUUAUGUCAGUGUGCUUGUGUUUUCAAAUGAGUCGAUUCCAACACUGCCCCGUUGAUAGUCAAUAGUGAGAGAGAGACUCUACUCUCGAUGGCAUGUCUCAAAAUGAUGUCAUGAAAGAUCUUGAAAAAUCAAAUGGAGCAUUUCUAGCUGGAAGUUAAUGAAGGAAUAUUGUGUCUGGAAGGGACAUCAAAACUUGACUGCGACCCAAGAAAAAUAAUGAAUCCCACGAUCAAUUUAAGCGGGAAAAAAAGAACAGAACAAGAGUAACACGUUCAAGAGGAGCACACUCAAAACUAAGACCAAGGAACCUAGAGCAUAACAAGGGGAUAAUCAAAGACACAUUUUUUUUCUGUAAUAAAUUUCAAUUGGCUUUAUUCUUCGCUCAAACCGAACUGUGACAUUUUAUCACUCAGGCUUUGAUGAAAAGCCAGUGGAAUUGAUACCCUGUGACUGCUGGAGCUUAAGCUGACUAUCACACCUAACCCAGAAACAUGCCGUAUACUCAGUCUCUUACAGCACUGGGGCUGACACUAUGGAUUCCAUUAGUAAACGAGUCAUCAACUGAUGAAUUUUUGAACAUUUUUUUCUUCUAUUUAUUUUUUCUAGUGGUAUGGAUCCAGGGCUGGUCUGGCAUGAGGCCACUGGAGAUCAGGACUGCAGCCAACCCAGUGUCAGCUCCUGUCAGGAAGACAAUAAGAAGGACUUAGCUGACCUUUAGCAAACCACUAGCAUAGCAUUUUUUAACCAAUCCAGAAUGCUUUAUUUUUGAACUGCUGUGGUAAACAUAGAAAAGUGUGUGUGUGUCCAUCAGGCUUUUAUGCAAGAGAACAAGAGGAGAAUUAAAAAAAAUGAAACAUCAUUGCCAAGCAAUCACACUGUUAAUCCUUUUGUGUGAUAAGUAUGAGAUGUGGAUAACUGUGUAAGUGUGAAUUAACUUUUGUGAAUGAACGCAUUGUAAUUAUAAAAUGCCACUGAGCAUUUUUCA